AUGGCCCUCGUCGACCCGGCCACCGGCCAAGCCCUCCCCGGCGACGCCAUCCAGCGCGUGCUGCUGGUCGCCCACCCCGUGCACGUGUACCGCAUCCCGCCGCUCGCCUCCGUCCAGGGCCACAGCGCCGCGGCGUGGACCGCCGACCCCUCGCGCCGCAUCUUCCUCGCGCGGCUGCGCGUCGUCGAGACGGCCGCGCCCGGCGCCCCGCCCAAGGUCGACGUCGUGCUCGAGGACCCCUCGGGCGGGGGGCUGUUCGCCGCGGCGCCGUACGCGCACCCCUCGGCCGUGGAGCCCGUCCUCGACAGCAGCCGCUUCUUCGCGCUGACCGUGCGCGACCCCUCCGGCCGGCGGGCCGUGCUGGGCAUCGGCUUCGAGGACCGCGCCCACGCCUUUGACCUGGCGGCCGCGCUGGAGGACGCGCGGCGGGCGCUCGGCCUGCGCACCCGCGACGCCGGGCCCCCUGCCGCCGAUGCCGUCGCGCGCGAGGGCCCCAGGGACUACAGCCUCAAGGAGGGCGAGACGAUCACGGCCUUUGCGCUGCCGCCGCCGCCGAGCGCCGACGACGCCAGGCGCAAGCGGAGGUCGCUGCGGGACAUGGGCUUCGACGAUGGCCAGUUUGGCGAGUUUGCCUAG